GAAGCGGGGAGGACGGAGCCGGAUGUAGCACGCGGGCGCUCGUUGCUAAGCAACGGUGGUAAACAGCUGCCCUGAGGAUCGGAGGCUGCGGUAAGAAGAGGCAGGUAUCUUGCAUCAGCUUUCUGAAAUUGAGGCCCAUCACUUGUCAACAUCUGAUGAAGCUUCUACUGUAGUCUAAACUGUUCAGUUACAUUAAGGCUUUACUGGAAAUGCUGAAUGGCUCAUUUGCAGCUGGCUGUGUGUUCACAUAUGGAUCCAAUGGCGGCCAAUUCCAGCCUUCCUGCAACAAGCCAGGAAAGAUGCCACCCUGAGGCUCUUAAAGAGCCGGUCCAGCUAGAACACUUGAGGAGUAAUAUCCAGCAGCAAUUCCUGUGCAACAAAGAUAAGAAGCUGGCAGAUCUUCAUAUCCAAAAAGGGCGGAGCUCUUCUUGUUCUCAGCCUACAGAAACUAGUCAACUGAUCUUGGAGAAGGCAGGUUUCUAUUCUGCUGGCCCACGCAAUUGGUACUUCAAGGGCCAGGCCAACAGUCUGCCCUCCCACUGGAGAACCAAACGAAGAGAAGGUGUGGACAGGUCAUACCCUCUAAAACCAGUCUUUCCCCAUACAGCUGGGAAUGUUCACCUGCCCAGUUCUUGGCAAGUUGGGAGCCCACCAGCUAGAAAGACUCCUCCCAUUAGCCCUAGCUCAGAGAAAAAAGGAAGGUCACAUGCAGUCAAGACUCAUCAUGUUAGAGUGCCUUCUCCUUUUUCUGUAGAGCAAUCCAAGAGAGCAGCUUCUCAUUCCCGUAGGGCAGAGUCGGGCUACAUUCAAAAACUGGAGGCUGCUGGGCGGAGCUUAGAGGAGGAGAUCCAGCAAAAGGAGGCCCUGCUCAGGGAGAAGCUGAGGAGAACGGAAGAAGAGCUUCGAAGAAUCCAGUGGGAGAGGCAGCAGGCAGAAGCAGAAGGAAGACGGCAGCGGGGAGGACUAUGCAUGCCUGAGAGGAAAGCAGCAGGUAUUACUCAGGGCCAUGUUUCCAGAUCUGUAGCUCAAACGCGUGACUGUCAAAAGGUACAUAUUCCAGACAGCCCUGCUGUCUCAGUGGGGACUGCCCUGCCUCCCCAGGCACUCCACAUGGAAAAGCUAAAAAAGCAAAGAUUGGUGGCUAGCAACAGUAAAAUUCGAGAGAAUGUAUCCCAGAUUUCAGCCACUUCUAGCCCAGAACUGGCUUCCAUACGUGACCAGGCUCCUUCCGCAGCAGCCUCAUUGGGACAGGUUGACUGUGUGGCAGCAGAACCCUCAUAUACAGAGGCUCCAAGCAGUGUAGAGGAUUGGGGAGAGUGCAAUUUCUGUGGGCGAAAGCUUUAUUGCUCCAGGUUGGAGAAGCACAUAAGCAUCUGCAGGAAGAAUCAUGGCUCCAAGAGAAAAGUGUUUGAUUCAAGCAAGGCUAGAGCAAAAGGCACCGAAUUAGAGACGUAUUAUCUAUUGAAGGGUACAGACACCUCUCAGAAAAAGAAUUCCAGACAAAAUUUUGAGGCUUCCAAGCAAAACAGUGAGCUAUCUAAGCAAAGCAACUGGAGACAGAAGCACGAAUCGUUCAUCAAGACAUUGCGUAGGGCUCGUGAGCUGCAACGAGUAAUCUCCAAAGGAGGGAAGGCAUCAGACCUCCCCCCAGCCCCUGCUAUGGAGAACCCAGACUACAAGCUAUGCCCUUAUUGCACCCGUCAGUUUGCACCUAAGGUGGCUGAGAGACACAUUCCCAAGUGCAAGAACAUUAAGAACAGACCCCCACCGCCACAGCAAAAGAAGCGCUGAUAGUAGUGGGCCAAAGUGAGAUCUGCAACUGGCAUCAUCACAUUGAGGCUCCCUGCCAUUUCCUUGUUUGAUAGCACAGAGUAGCAGACAGCAUUCCCAGUGCUGCAGUUUCAUUUUAUAUAUAAAAUACAGAGGUGUGAAAUCAGUGAGAAGCCCACAAACCAUGAACAGAUUAUUAAACCCCAUGUAUUGCAUAUUAAGGUCCAGUGCUUCGUAAAAUAGUUAGACCUAAGGUAGUGCUCUUACAUCUGUGUUGCUGCUGUUGGCUGGUCCUCAUUCCCUCCCCUUCACAGAACCCAUGCACAUUUGUCAGGAACAUUAGGAUUUCUGUCUGCCUCCUAGGACAUGGGAUUAUGUGCUAGAAAGAUACUACUGAGAAUUAUCAGAAGGAACUCUUACCUGUCUUGAGGUAAUCUUCAACUUUGUGAAGCAUCUGCUUAAGUGGACUACCAAUCUUGGUUUACAUGUUCAUACAAGAACAGAGAAUUCUUAGCUCCCAUAACUGAAAUGAAGGUCUUAAACUACCCAGAUGCUCAGCAUUACGUAAAACUCAAACUAUAGAACUGUAUUACUAAUAUAACUGCUGGGACGGGGCGAUACCUACUUGGAUAUAUUGCAUGCUAUCCAUCUCAUCUGGCCAUUAAGUUUUCUUGCCCAGCUACAAAUACUGGCAAACAGAAACCUGGUCUGUCCAAAUUUCACUAAAGCUAAAAAAGAAUGGCUUUGGGGAAUAUGAGAAUGGCAAUUGUAAAAUGGAUUGAUUACUUUAGCAUAAUUUGGCCACUCAAUCCUACCUCUUUAUGCAGUCAUAAGCUCGGGGAGCGGGGAAGGAAAACAAGUUAGUUAUUCAGGAGGUGGGCAUUUGGACUAGCCAUAUCUUUGGUGUCAGGUUAGUGGCUGAGACAUUUUGGGGGCUCACCAACUAGAGAGAGUGUUUGGCAAGCAAGGGGAACAAGUGAAUUAAAAGCAGGGUGGUGUAUGCAUUCAUUGUCUCCCAGUAACAAACUAACGUCUGUAAUAAAAUAUGUGGAAUGUGGCAACUUGGAAAACA